UAUUAUACACACGCGUGCGCGCGCAACACGAAAUUUAUAUAUUUAAAAAACUUAAUAUGAGACAUAAAAAUCGUUAAACAAAUAGUGUAAUAACCAAGUAAUUUAGAGAGAAUGAAUAAAUUUUUUAUAUUAAGCGUGUUAUUGAAAAUGGAUAUUUACGUAUAUACGCGCUAGAAUCAGUGGUUUCAGGGGUUGUCAGGUUCAAGUAACUUGGAACUUGGUAAGACUUCGAUCCAGGUGCACAGGAUUAAUUGAGGGCGCACCUAAGCGUGACUCACUCUGGAGGAGUUCCUGGUUUCUUUUUUCACCUUUUGUAUAAGGGACAUGCGUGGAGCAAAUAUUACGUAUAUUAUUCAUCCUCCUGCUUAUCACAUUAUUAUCGAUUUAUUUUAAAUCUAGAGUAGCUAUCUUUAAUAGCCGUGAAAAAUGUCUGCAUGAUAUGGCUAAACCCGGAGUUCAAAGAAUCCAUGUAAACUGGUAUGCAGACACAUACCAUACCUCUUAGACAUCUUAGCAGGCCAGGCAUCAACAUUCCAUUGAGUCCGGGUUCCUCCAGUAGGUAUUACGCCAAAGGUGAUUUCUUCCUUUUUCAUUUUUGUCCAUUCCAACGUGAUAGCCGACAAUCACGUGCAGAUACUCCUUAACAUACCGAGCGUUGGAUGAAAUAAUUAGUAUAAUCGGAACAAAACUAAAUCUUUAAUCAUCAUACGUUCAUACAUAACGAUGUAUGCGUAAGAAUAAAAUCUUUAUAAAAAUAAAAUAAAGCUCGAAUAGCUGAUAUUCUUGUAUUUAAUGACUGAUGAAUUUUGACAACUAUUUAACUGUUAGUCUACAGUGGAAUCUAAUCAUUUAUUCCUUUAACUCUAAGCUGUGAAUAAUUGUUGAUAGAAAUAUGUAGGAUCGUCUUUUUAUACAUUCAAUUUUCGUCGAUCAAGACAGAGUUGAUUGAUCUCAAAAUUAUUAAAUAAUUACUUAUUUAAUGUAAAAAAAACGUUUUAUUUUAUCUAUAUAAUGUUACGUUUUGUCUAUUUUUUGUGUUAUUGUUGCAAACGCGAUUUAUGCAAAAUCGGCAAAUGAUUAAAGAUAACAGAAUUGAAAUGCUUUAUUUCAGAUUGAUCAGUAGGGCACUUAGAUAAGAAUGCGCACUCUUGUUCAGACUGAAGCCCUGGCCCAACCCGACGUAAUGUACAGCCUGGAAAUCGAGGAAACGGAAACGUCCGCGGACGUCAAUGGAGUGGUUUUAUCGUCUCCUCAUCCAGAGACUCACAUAUUUACUAACAGCAUGCUAUGCAUCCAAGGGGAGCUGGCUCAGCUGAGUGAAAUCGCGGGUAGCCCCGAACGGCUAAUUACCGUGCGUGAGGUUCAAGUUCAAUUGCCCAAUAGUAAUCACCUCAAUUUCGCGGGCAAUUCCAGCGAUGCCGCGACAAGAUGCGCUCCCGGAUCGGAAAGCAUCGACUCUCAGCGAUCGAGUUGGGUCGAGGGCAUCCUGGGAUGCAUGCGUCCCGUUUGGACCAUGCUAUCGAAGGCUGCUAUUAACGAAAAAAUUAAGGGUCUUUCAAGUAAGUUAUCAGACGAUUGGGAGAUACGCUUCGAAUCUAUCAGCGAGCUACAGUGGCUCGGAUCUGGGGCUCAAGGUGCAGUAUUUAGUGGGAAAUUAAAUAAGGAAAUAGUAGCUGUAAAAAAGGUGAAGGAACCGAAAGAGACUGACAUACGCCAUUUGCGGAAACUCAAUCAUCCGAAUAUUGUACAGUUCAAAGGAGUGUGUACGAAACCUCCUUGCUAUUGCAUAAUAAUGGAGUUUUGUCCGUACGGACCAUUAUAUGACCUUCUGAGAGCUGGAGAACCGGUUCCUCCUGCUAGAUUGGUGUCAUGGUCAAAACAAAUUGCUGCGGGGAUGACGUAUCUUCAUGCUCACAAAAUUAUACACAGAGAUCUCAAAAGUCCAAAUGUACUAAUAGGACAAGGGGAAAUAGUGAAGAUCAGUGAUUUCGGCACGAGUAGACAGUGGAAUGAGAUUAGCACGAAAAUGACUUUCGCCGGUACGGUGGCGUGGAUGGCGCCGGAGGUAAUCAGGAACGAGCCAUGCUCGGAAAAGGUAGACAUAUGGUCGUACGGUGUUGUACUAUGGGAAUUACUGAGCGGCGAGAUACCUUACAAGGACGUGGAUUCUUCCGCUGUUAUGUGGGGUGUGGGCAGCAAUUCUCUUCAUUUACCAAUUCCCACCAGUUGUCCAGAGGGAUAUGGGCUACUGGUUAAGCAGUGUUGGUCGGCCAAACCACGUAACAGACCUUCCUUCAAACUCAUCGAGAUGCACCUCGCUAUCGCAGCUGUUGACGUACUCAACACGGAGCCCGAAGAUUAUUUUAAGGCACAGCAAUCUUGGAAGAAGGAAAUACAGGAACACAUGCAGCACAUGCCUCUAUUUACUAGUUCCGAUCCACGUUUUGAGGCCGAGCUAAUCCGGCGGAGGAAGGAUGAAUUACGACACGCUCAGGAUGUCAGGGAACAUUAUGAGCGCAAACUCGAACGCACCAACAACUUGUACUUGGAAUUGAACGCUAUUCUGCUGCAAUUAGAAUUACGCGAGCGAGAUGUGAUAAAACGACGCAGUUUCGCUUUGCGUAAUCGCUUUGCGCUUACGAUAACGCAAGAUUGCAGCCGAACUCGCACAUUUGGAACAUUUGGAAAUAAAUGUCUGGUUUGUCUCAGGAGAGAACAGCAAUCAACAGGAUACAAGCAGUACAAGAAACGUCUUGUCCGUCCUUUAUUGAAGGCCCAAGAGAGGCUGUACCGCAGACGGAAUGGCACGGUACAGUUUUCUACUUCCUCGACGCCUACUACCCCUCCGUCGCCUACGGAUUCACCGCAGAGCCCCGUCAAAGCCACCAUGUAUACGCAGCUGAACGAAUCCAAUCAGCCGGAAACUGUUUUAGCGUCAAGCAAUAGCUUCAAACAACGUAAAUACAGGCAUCGUAGGGUCGGUUCGGGUUGUGGUGUGAGUUCGAGUCCUAGAUCGAGUCCUCAUCGUGAACGAAAGAGCGUAGAAGUACCUGCAAGAUUCAUUGACAGCCACACACAAACGGACAUCAGUGAAAUGGAUCACAAUCCAGUGAAUGCAGCGUUUUCUUUCCCGGAGAAAUCCUCUUUGGACCUCAUUAGAAGGCAUUCAUUGAAUAAGCAGGCGACAGAAUGCUUGAACGGGAAUCCAAUUUUGCCGGAAACGCACUAUCCGAUGCAAACUAGUUUGUGCUCCAGUCCCGAGCAUUUAAAUGAAAAUAACUCCAAUGGAAACGAACGUUUGAAGGAUUGUAGCGACGACGACAAUCUUGAGACUCUCGGCAGAAAAGUUAGCGAGAUUAUUAAUGCAAAUCGUCUUAUCAUUGACAAUGGAAAUGGCGAUGAUGUAAUAAUCCAUAGUAGAAAUAAGGAAGAUUCAGGCAAAUUAUCUGGGCACUAUCCGAUGGAACAAUCCGAUAUUAAAAUACGAGCUUCUUCGGACAAUAUCGGUGAUCGCGAAGACGAUGCUUGUGAAGAAAGCUGGUCAGAUGAAGAGGGAGAGGAUCCAAGCUAUACUUAUAAUUAUUCCUUAAGGCGAAGAAGUAUCGCAAGGAGGCCGAUCGGUCCCGGAUGCAGAUUACGAAGAUCUAAAUUGACAACACCCGGGAGAAUACAGAGGAUAUUAGCUUCUGAUGAGGAAAAUACUUCUGAAUAUUCGCAUCCUCCGUCCAGUCAAACUUCCACCUUAGAAAGUAAUCCCGAUGUUCAAAGAGUUCUUCGUAAUAUACAUCAUUCCCAAAAAAGAAAGGAAAUAGACGAUGUUUCUGAUACAUCGAGUCAAUCGGAAACGGACGAAGUCAGUGAAAUUACAAUUGCAUCUCAACCGGCGAAUGGAUCUAUGAAGAUGGAGAGUCGAAUAGAUUAGUUAUUAGUGUAAUUUUUAUAUCUGAUUUAUGAUCGGUUUAGUAAGUUAGAGUUACUGC